AUGUACGUCAGCUAUCUUCUGGAUAAGGAGGGGAACAUGUACUCCAAUUCUGUGCGGCACCCUGCUCUCAACCUGAACCCCCAGAACUUUGCGCCCCCUCCUCCCCCUCCACCCCCACCUCAGUACUCCGACUUUGCUGGUUACCAUCACCACGUUCCCGGGAUCGGCCCCGACCCUCACCACACCCAGCCGGCCACAACCUGGGGAUCCCCCUACGUGCCCCCCAGGGAGGAAUGGCACGGUUACGGAAAUGCGGCCCCCACUGGCAGCUCCUCAGGGUCUCAGCUGCCCUUCGGACCCACCGACUUCUCUUCCAUGCAGCCUCAAGGAGCCGGGGGGCUUCUCCCGUCCAUGAACACCGUGGUCCCUCAGCUCUCUCCCGGCUCCCCCAAGCGGAAUCCCUACGACUGGAUGAGACGGAACAUUCAGCAGAACCCUCAAGGCAAAACCAGGACAAAGGACAAGUACCGGGUGGUGUACACUGACCACCAGAGAUUGGAGCUGGAGAAGGAAUUUCACUACAGCCGCUACAUCACAAUCCGCAGGAAGUCCGAGCUGGCUCUGUCCCUGGGGCUGUCUGAACGCCAGGUGAAGAUUUGGUUCCAGAACAGACGGGCAAAGGAGAGAAAGAUCAAUAAGAAGAAGUUGCAACAGCAGUCCCAACAGGCCAGCUCCACCACCCCCAGCCCCAGGGCCUUGCCUGCCGUCGGGCUGGUCAGCAGCAGCAGCAACCUCAUCCCCCAACCCCUGCCCCUCAACAUCAAGGAGGAGUACCUGUCCUAA